UAUACGUGGAAACGUGUCGCCAUUUGAUACUCGUGACUUGAAACAAAAUAUCAUCAAAGCGGUAAAAUGAGUGGUAAAAUUCAUAUCUCACUUUUGCUUGUGCUGCUUGCGUCUACAACUGUAUUCGGGUGUUGGGGUGGUAGACGUCGUGGAAGCAGUAGCACUAGUGUUGCCGACAUGAGAAAAAAAAUUGCACAAAAAGCUGAGAGUUACGUUGGUUCAACGCGAUGGUGUUAUUCAUGUUCAUCAGGCCAUGGAGCAAACACCGACAAGUGCAAUUAUUUUGUUUACGACGUUGGACGUGAAGCUGGCGCAAAAAUGCCAGUGCGUACAUUUUCUUGGAGAGGUGGACCUGUUGGGGCUGGUAGAGGUGGAUGGGGAACAGCAUCGUCGCUAGACUACUGGACCCGUGUUUCAUCUCCACAGCGGGGAGAUAUUGUUUCGGCGCAUUCAAGAGGCACUUAUCAUGUUGGCAUCUACGUUGCUUAUCGUACAACAGUGUCGGCUAAUAGUCAUAAUGUUGGAAAGAAUUGCUGGCCUUGGGGUAGUUACCAGUCUGACUACGCUGAUCACGUUUAUUGGCGCUACACUGGUUGAUUUUAACUGAGCAUGAAACCGAAUCAUGAUUUUUUUGACAUUUUUUAGCGAUAUAUAUAGAACUAAUA